AUGUUCGCCAACGCGCUCAAGUCGAUUUCCUCGACAAACAUCACAUCCAACUACACCAUCUCGCCGAACAUCACCUCGACCGCGGGGCCAUGGAAGAUCUACCCGGCCAAGAACAAGAAGACGGGCAAGGAAUGCUCCGUCUUCGUCUUCGACAAGAAGUCGCUCGAUGCCCAUCGCAGCGGCAUGACACGCGCCGAGGUGGCAGAUUUCAAGAGGGCCCUCGAAGCCGUCAUCGAACGCCUGAAGAAAGAGGCCUCGGCCAUCGCCAAGCUGCGACACCCCGGCGUCCUGGAAGUGGUCGAGCCCGUCGAGGAGACCAGGGGUGGUGGGCUGCAGUUCGUCGCCGAAGCCGUGACUGCGUCUCUCUCGGGGCUACUGCAAGAGAAGGAUGACCAGGAGAGGGGUGGAGCUGGCGGUCGAACGAGCCGAUACGUGACCGAGGACGCCGAUGGAAACCGGAGGAGGCGGGAGCUCGAAAUCGACGAGUUGGAAAUACAGAAGGGGCUGUUGCAAGUGAGCAAAGCGCUGGAGUUUUUGCAUGACAACGCCGGUCUCGUACAUGGCAACCUUACACCAGAUGCCAUCCUCAUCAACGCCAAGGCAAGUCCAUACUCGGACUGGAAACUCAGCGGUCUGUCCUUCUGUGGCCCGUUGGAAAACUCGACCACCCAAAGCUCCAUGCAACCUAUCAAUCUGCGCGAGGUUUUGAGACAUACCCCCAGCUUGCCUCGAACCGUCCAACUGAAUCUCGACUACACAUCGCCCGACUUUGUCAUUGACAAUAAUCUCACACCGUCGGCCGAUAUGUUCAGCUUGGGGUUGUUGAUUAUUUCAUUAUAUAACUCCCCUCACAAAUCACCCAUAUCCUGCAACAGCAGCCUGUCUGCCUACCAGCGCCUCUUUCAGUCCUCGCAGAGCAUCCCGAACACGACCAACAACUUCCUUUCUUCCCGCGCGCUGCCCAAGGACCUUACAAGCCAUGUGCUCCCAAGACUCAUCACACGAAGACCUGCCCAGCGGAUGACGGCCAGCGAGUUCCAACAGAGCGAGUUCUUCAACAACAUCCUCGUGUCCACCAUCCGCUUCCUGGACGCGUUCCCCGCCAAGACACCAAACGAAAAAUCCCAGUUUCUUAGGGGCUUGAUGAAAGUUCUGCCAUCGUUUCCCAAGUCCGUAAUGGAAAGGAAGCUGCUACCCGCCCUUCUCGAUGAGCUGAAGGACAAGGAGCUCAUAUCCCUGAUCCUGCACAACGUCUUCAAAAUCAUCGAACUUCUUCCAUCAGGAAGGAGAGCGUUUAGCGAGAAAGUGCGACCCAGCCUGAAGGAGAUCUUAGUUGCCAACUCCAAGCAGCCCCAGGAGAAGGAUGCCGCCCGUGACGGUGGUUUGAUGGUUGUGAUAGAGCAGCUCCCCGUCAUCGGUGACAACUGCGGAGGCAAGGAGUUCAAAGAUGAUGUCUUGCCCAUCAUCUUCAGUGCCCUGGAAUCACCAACACCCUCGCUCGUAGACGCAGCGCUGAGGAGCCUUCCAUCCGUACUGCCUCAGUUAGAUUUCAGUACCAUAAAAAACGAACUGUUUCCCGUCAUUGCCGCUAUUUUCAGCAAAACAAACAGUCUUGCGAUCAAGGUCAGGGGCUUGCAGGCUUUUGUCACGCUUUGCGGAGGCUCUAACGACCCCGGUGGCAACGACGGGCUCGAUGGCCUAGGCCCACAGCAGAAGAAAGCAACAACCUCCACCGCGCUCGACAAGUUCACCAUGCAAGAAAAGAUCGUCCCCUUGAUCAAAGUGAUCAAGACCAAGGAGCCGGCUGUCAUGAUAGCCGCGCUUAAUGUUCUCCGGGUUAUUGGAAAAGUGGCCGACGCUGACUUCGUCGCCAUGGAGAUCCUACCUAUCCUAUGGAACAUGAGCCUGGGCCCGCUCUUGGACCUUAAACAGUUCCAAUCGUUUAUGGACCUUAUUAAGUCCCUAUCGAGCAGGGUGGAGGAGGAACAAACUAGGAAAUUGCAAGAAUUGACCGGCGGCAAUGCCAGCUCAUCUGCUAUGAAGGACGAUUUUAUGUCCUUUGGCCCUGUCGCCAGCUCAUCCUUCGAUGCAAACGGAGCCACUGAAACAGAUUUCGAGUCGCUCGUCAAGGGGGGGCCUGGCGGGCUUUCCGCCAAUCCCAUGGACUCGGGGUGGGAUAACAUGGGGUCAAGCGCAGCUGUUACCUCUCCGACCGCGAGCAGCAGAAACUCUACACCGACACCCGCCUUCUCCUGGUCAACCGCCCCGGCAGCCCCGGCAGCAGCCCCGGCCAACAAGGUUGGCGCCGUCAAAGCCCAGCAACCUGGCUUCAGGACAGUCACACCAGACCUCACAAGCUUUCAGCCUAUCGCGCCGACAACCACACAAUUUUCACAGCCCCUACAACCGGCCCAAAAGACAGCUGGUGUAGCAUCGGCGCCACUGACGCCUCAAGCACCAUCCAUCAACUGGGGCGCCGCAACCGCACCAAGCAGCAGCAACAACAACAACCUGUGGUCUUCUCCACCCGCCACACAACAACCACCUACAUCAGCUUUCGGCUCACUCUCCCUCGGGCAACAACAGCAACAACAGCAAAUCCAAAACCGCAACCCAACCUUCUCCCUCCCACCACCACCGGGCAACAGCACCGGAACCGGCCCCGCCGCGUCGAGCUUCUCCGGCUUCAGCCUCGCGCCGCCGCCCGGCGCCUCACAGACACAAGCCCCGCGGCCUCCCAUCACAACAACGACAUCAACACCAGCGUUCGGCGGGUUAGGGAGUAUGAACAACAGCAGCAUGAACAGCCUGGCGUCAAUGGGUGCCGCAGCGAACAAGAUGGGUUCCAACCCCGGGAUGGGCAUGGGCAUGGGUAUGGCGGCUAUGAAGAAUAUGAACGCGGGUACGGGUACGGGCACGGGUAUGGGUAUGGGUAUGGGUAUGGGUAUGGGUAUGGGUAUGGGUAUGGGUAUGGGUAUGGGU